AUGACAACAAAAAGGGUUCUUUGGACUCCAAGUAACGAGUCAAAUCCGGUAGUAGACUUUUUCAUAUCUACAAUACAAACAGGUUGGGAUGAAUUAAAAAAAAUAAAAGAAGAAUUAACAGAAAGUAUACAACGUGAACGAUCAGGUGUUGUUGUGACAUCUUCUACAGCCUCAAGACCUUCACCAGUCUAUCAACGCUCAGCUGCCCCAUCACCAGUUUCUGGUUCAUCAUCUCCUGCUACACGAAACACAAAUAUUGAAUUACGAAAACAAUUACUGCUUAGAGAUAACGCUUUAGCUGAUCAGCAUAAAACUCUUGUAGUAGAACAAAAAUGUAUCAAUGAAGAGGAAUUCUGGGAGUUGAGAAAAGAUCUAUUACGUGAUCAAGAUUCACGUAUGAACCAACAAAGAGGUCGUUCCUCUACAAUGCCUCACUUACGACCUGUGACUGAAGAUGGCGGCGAGGUUAAAAUUAAUAUAACUCCUCAACUUAUCCGUGAGAUAUUUGAUGAGUAUCCACGUGUAGAAGCUGCUUAUAAACUUUAUGUUCCUGAAAAGCUAUCAGAACAAGAAUUUUGGAAACGAUAUGUACAAUCAAAAUUCAAUGAUCGUAAUAAAGCAGUCACAUCAAAUGGUUCACAAAGAGAUGAAAUAUUUGACAAGUGUUGGAUUGAAACUGAAAAAGAUCUUAAUCAAGAGUCUGAACAUGUAAGAAAAAAAUUAAAAAUAAGCAUGUUAAGAGAUUUAAGCGCAACCCAAGAAGACCAUAUAGAUUUGGAACCGAUGCCAGAUAUUACUAUGAGGCCAAGUCAAAGUAAGGUUUUAUCAUUGUUAAGACGAAACAAUAGACAUUCAGAAAGAAUACUAGAAGCACCGGCAAGGGAAAAAGAGAAAAAAGAGAAAAAUUAUAUGGAGAAAAAGAAAGAGGAUUAUAUAAACGAGUUACUAUUAGAAGAUUUGUGCGAUGAACAAUCUAAUCAACAAAUAUUACUUGAUAUUAGAGAUCAACGUGAAUAUUUUGCAAACCAAUCAACCGAAACUAGUCAAGCGAUUGAUUUAUUAAAUUCUACUCGUAAUUUAAAUGAAUUAAUUGAAACUCUCAAAAAUGAUGUUACAGGAUGGAAUUUGGAUAUGUUGAAAGACGUACAAAAUAAUGAAUCUCUUGGAAACGCAUGCAAAGAUUUUUAUAUUAAAUCUUUUGAAAUAAUAAAGCAAAAACAACAACAUGAUCUGCCGUCAAAGUUUGAAAAAGAGGUCAAAUUAAUACAAUUAAUGGGGAAUGAAUUCCUAAGACAUUUCUGGGCAAGUUAUGGUUCUAAUGUUAAAGAAAAAAUGGAAAAGAAUAAAAGAAUGGUGGAACAGUUAAAAAUUACAUUGACGAAAAUACGUAAACUACUAGAAAUUCAACUAGAUGAUGAUGAGUUGCAAAAAUUUCAGCAAUCCCAAACCAAAUUAAAUGUUAAUGGUGCCAAUAGCGUUAGUAAUGGUGGUGGUGGUGGUUCAUUAAAGCUUCAAAAAAAAAUUCUUAGACCAUUAAUUAAAUCAAUUGAAAAAGCUUUAACAUUACAUCGUGAAUUUAAUAAAAGAAAAGUUGAGAUCAAAUCAAAUCAAAUCUAA